ACAUUGAUCAAAAUUUUGAUCAAUUGUAGCAACUUCUUCAUUCCACAAUCUCCACCGUCAAAAUGCCCGUUGUGACCGCACCACCGCCGCAAAACAGCGCCAAGCCACGGCGGCUCAGCCCGUUGAAAUGCAUAGCCCUUAUACUCUUAACCCUAAUCGUCAUCGUAGGCAUAACAAUACUUGUCAUUUGGUUAGCAGUGAAGCCACGAAAACCAAUUUACUCAAUUGAAAAUGCUUCAUUGCAUGGCUACAACAUGACCAAAAAUGACCAUUUGUAUGGAAAUUUCAACUUCACGUUAAAAGCUUUCAAUACCAAUAGUAGGGUUUCCAUAUAUUAUGACAGUAUUGAAGUGAAACUGUUUUACAACUCUCAACAAAUUGCUUUCAACAAUGUGGAACCAUUCUUUCAGCCUCGUCGUAACGUUACUUAUUUGGAUCUUUUUCUUCCGGCGAAAGACGUGGCGUUGUACGGCGAUGUUGCUCGUGAUUUGAAGACGGAGAGGACGGCCGGAGCUGUGGAAAUGGUGAUCAAAGUUAGGGCUAAGAUAAGGUUUAAGGUUGGAAUUUGGAAAUCUAGUCAUCGGAAGUUGAAGCUUUUGUGUAAACCUAUGGUGCCUGUUUCUUCAACAAAGAGUUCUCAGACCACCACUUGUCACGUGGACUUAUAAGUUUUUUUUUUUUUUUUUUGUAUGGUGCAUGUCAAUUGUAUGUUCUUUUUUCUAUUCAUGAACUUUUGUGAUGAGUUUUUGUAAUCCAUUUUAUCCUUUUCAUUGAAAAUUUUCAUUUGAAUGUGUGAUAUAUGUAAUUGUUCGGAAUCUCUUUUCAAUAUAUAUAAUAGCUAUUUUUGAGCUA